AUGAUUGAUCAAAUUGAAGCGGUAACCACCUCAAUCGCCGAUCUGGCGUGGGGCCCCUGGCUGCUGGUUUUGCUUCUGGGUGGCGGUCUGGUUUUUCUGAUCCGGUCCCGAUUUGUCCCGUUUCGCUAUCUGCCACAUGCCAUCGAUCUGCUGCGCGGUAAGUACAACGAUCCCCACGAUCCUGGUCAGAUCAGUCACUUCAAAGCGCUGUCAGCCGCCAUGGCCGGUACCAUCGGCAUGGGUAAUAUUGCCGGCGUCGCUCUGGCCAUCGCCAUCGGCGGACCCGGGGCGAUUUUCUGGAUGUGGAUGACCGCCAUCGUUGGCAUGGCGACUAAGUUUUUCACCUGCUCCCUCGCCGUUAUGUAUCGCGGCAAAGACUCCGCAGGCGAUCUGCAGGGUGGUCCUAUGUAUGUGAUCCGGGAGGCAUUGCCAAAACGCAUGCAUUUUCUAGCCUAUCUGUUUGCAGGCACGGGCCUGAUUGGCUGUCUGCCGGCACUACAAAGCAACCAGUUGAUCCAGAUUUUCCGCGAUCUGGUGGCCAUUGAAUACGGCUUGCUGUCACCGGAGACAGACCCCCUGAUGUUCAAUUUAGCCGCCGGUGUGGUACUGGCUGCCCUGACGGCAAGCGUGGUAUUUGGCGGGAUACAAAGAAUCUCAAACGUUGCCGCAGCAAUGGUGCCUUCAAUGUCAGUGCUCUACGUAGGUAGCGCUGCCCUGGCUCUGAUUCUGAACGCAGAUGCUGUACCAGGCGCCAUAGCCUUGAUCAUGGCAGAUGCAUUUACCGGCGAUGCCGUGGCCGGCGGCGGGCUCCUGGCGAUGAUCCUUUACGGCAUUCGUCGUGGCGCCUACAGCAACGAAGCGGGUAUGGGCACAGAAUCCCUUGCCCAUGGAGCCGCGCGGACAAAGGAGCCUAUCCGUGAAGGCCUGGUGGCUAUGUUAGGACCGGUCCUGGAUACCCUCAUUAUCUGUACGGCCACCGCAAUGAUGAUUCUGAUCUCUGGCGUUUGGACCAGCAGUGAUGCUGAAGGUGUCACCCUUACCGCUGCCGCGUUUACUCAAUUACUUGGCCCGGCGGGCACCUUGAUUGUAUUUAUCUGUGUCAUCUGCUUCGCCACCACCACUAUUUUCACCUACUCGUUCUAUGGCGCUCAGUGCACAGGUUUUUUGUUUGGCGCGCACAACAAACGCUACUAUCUUUACGUAUACGUUGGGUUUAUUUUGGUCGCCUCAGUUAUUUCCAUAAACGCCGCAGUGAGUAUCAUAGACACGAGCUUUGCGUUGAUGGCCAUCCCGACGAUGGUGCCGGCCAAUGCUUUUGAUGAACUUGCCCGGGGCGCCACACCCGGACACUGGCGGGACGUCAUGUCUUUUUUUACCAGUUCCGAUGGUCUCGGUGGCACUCCGCAACCUGAGCAUCUGCGCGCCGAGAUGCUGGUCCGCGACCUGGAUGUGAAACGCCCUACAAGGCUCGAUCCCCUGCCGUUUACUCUGCCAACACAUGAAUGGCGCAAGCUUGAACUGGGACUUACCCAGAGAGCCAGACUCCUCAACAGAAUUACAGCCGACUUAUACGGCCCUAAAACCCUGUUGAACGUGGGUGGUCUACCCCCUGCGCUGUUGUUUGGUAAUCCACGUUUUCUGUUACCCAUGUACAACUACCGCGCUGCAAACGCUGAAUACCUGCAGCUGCUGGCAUUUGACAUCGGCCGUUCACCAGACGGUCAGUGGCGCGUGUUGGCAGACUGGACAGAAGCGCCAGAGGGUCUGGGCAUGUGUCUCGAAAACCGCGUGUUGGCCGGCCAGGCAAUGCCCGAGUUGUUUCAGCAGAUGGGCACCCAGCGUCUGGCUGCGUUCUAUCGCGCGUUCGCUCAACAUCUCACUGACAGGGCGGCACAAACAACGCCUGAGGGCAUCACCGCCAUCCUGAGCCCAGGACCGGAUCACUCAAAUUAUUUUGAACAUGCUUAUCUGGGCCAGUAUUUUGGUUUCCCGGUGGUGGAAGGUGCUGACCUCACUGUCCGCGGACAAACCCUGCAGUUAAAAACCCUGGAGGGUUUGAAGCCCGUAGGCAGCCUGCUGCGACAUGCCCAGGCCAGUGGCUGCGACCAGCUGUUCCUGGACCCACGCAGUAAAGAUGGUGUCGCAGGGCUUGCCAACAUCGCGCGCAGCGGCCAGGUCCACAUCGCCAACGCGUUGGGUUCCGGCGUCCUUGAAAAUGAUGCGUUUAUGAGCUUUCUGCCAAGCUUAUGUGAAUCCUUGUUAGACGAAGAGUUACUGCUGCCAAGCCUGGCGACCUGGUGGUGUGGCCAACCUGAAGAAGCCGCUUACGUCGCCGAAAAUGCCAGCCAACUGCACAUUGGCUCAGCUUUCAGACGCCCGGAACUGUUUGCCAGCACCAUUGAAAGUUAUCAGGAUCCGAACCUGCAGACCACUGACACCGAAGCCAACACCGCAGCUUACAACCAGAUUGGACGUGAACUGAUCAACUUGUCUCACAGCCCUUAUGUCAACAACGAAGGGCAGAUUGUUUCCGGCCCAACGGUGUUGCGACUGUUUGUCUGUAUGACUGAAGAAGGCUAUCGACUGAUGCCCGGUGGCAUCGCUCGCGUUGCCAGCGCUGAUGGAGAAAUCAGCAAAGACAUCUGGCUCGGUCGCGAUCAGGUGGAACCCAUCAACACACCAGAGAUCCAACCCACCCAUCUGACCAGGCGCAGCGACCGGGAUCUGCCCAGUCGCACUGCCGACGAUUUAUUCUGGCUGGGUCGCUAUCUGGAGCGUUGCGAAGGCGCAGUACGCGCCUACCGUUCCUUAUUCAGCCAUGUGGUUGAAGGCAGCAGCGACGAUCAGCAGAUGUUGCUGAACACCGCGGUGCAACUGCUGGUGGAUCUGGACAUGCUCACCCUGGCACAGGCAAAACAGCUUACCCAGGUCAGCUCAACAACUGUUAUUGCUCGCGAAUGGUGGUCGGUGCUGUUUAAUCCGGAAAGUAAUGUGGGCCUGUUUAAGCUGCUCAACAACAUUCACCGUCUCGCCAGCCAGGUUCGCGAGCGUUUAUCUGGCGACGCCUGGCGGAUGUUUCGCGCGCUGGCACAGACACCUGCACAGCAGCGCUGGCGCCUGGGACAGGUAUCAGAUGCGCUGGCAUUAAUGGACCAGCUGAUUGAGCGCCUGUCCGGUUUAAGCGGACAGAUACAGGAAAAUAUGACCCGCAGUUACGGUUGGCGUCUGCUUGAACUUGGGCGCCGCCUGGAGCGCGGUCAGUUUGGCUUGCGGGUGAUGAACGAACUGGUGUCGCACAGUACUGGCAGCACCUAUAUGUACCUGCUGCUGGACCUUUGCGACAGCACAAUUACCUACCGAUCCAGAUACCAGAAUGUGCCAACGUUGGAAAAUCUGUUACAUCUGCUGUUACUCGACGAAACCAAUCCGCGUUCAAUGAUCUAUCAGAUUACCCAGCUGCAGGAAGUGAUGGCGGAAAUGCCUCUUGACCAGUCAAAUGAGGGCCUCAGCGAAUCCCAGCGUAUUCUGCUCAUUGCUUAUCAUGAACUUGUACUGGCGGAACCUGAAAAGAUGGCCAAUGUCAUCUCUAAGGUUCUACGCCUGAAACCCAGAGAAAUGUUCGGCCGCCAGACAUUGCUGGAGCACCACAUCAAUCUAUCGCUGGUGGGUACUGAAAUUCAGGAAAUCCAGGAUUAUUUUGGCAAUACCGUGCAUGAAGUGCGCCUGCACACACCACACAAGAAGCUUCGUAUCGACUCCGAGUGUCUGGUGGAUGUCAUCCCUCGGGGUGAUUUUAUGCUGGAUCUCUCCCCGACAUGGGAAUCUGUGGUAGACGCCAUGAAGGUGCCGCAGAGCAGCGAACACUGGCAGGCAGCACAAUUCUGCUAUCCAUCGCGGCAUAUUGAUGUAGACGCUGCACGCGAGUUUGCUCAACAGUUCAUCGAACCCGAAGCACCUGUGCUGCGACUGGUACUGGCCAUCAAUCAGUACAUCCACAACGAAUUUGCCUAUACCGGCGGCGUGACUAAUGUGUAUACCGAGGUUUCUGAGAUCAUCGCCAAACGAAUUGGUGUGUGUCAGGACUUCGCCCACGUGGCGAUUGCCACCAUCCGUGCACUGGGUUUACCUGCGAGAUACGUCAGCGGCUACAUUCUCAGUCAGAUCCCCGGCCAGCCAACCCUGGUCGGCGCGGAAGCCUCACACGCAUGGAUUUCCGUUUUCUGCCCUAAAUUUGGCUGGAUCGAUUUUGAUCCGACCAACGACCUGAUAACGUCUGAACAACACAUCACUCUGGGCUGGGGGCGGGACUACGCCGAUGUCGCGCCUACCCGCGGAUCGAUUCUCGGCGGCGGUGCCCAGGCCUUGAAAGUUGACGUGCGCGUGCGACCAGCGGCGAUGGAUUACAGUCCAUUGGAUAGCAAGCAGCAACAAGCCAAACCAGCUACACAGCACACACAAUCUGCACAGCGCCUUGUUGAGCAAACACUACCGUUCAGCGACCGGCGUUCUUUUGAUAAUGCACAGCGCGGAUUUAUUGCCACGCUUGAACCUUUGACCAUCACCAGAGACAACGGGCACGUCACUUACGAUUUAAGCGAGAUGGAUUUUCUGCAGGGUGAAGCGCCUGCGACGGUCAAUCCAAGCCUCUGGCGCCAGGCACAACUCAACGCCCUUUACAACGGCUUGUAUGAGGUGACCGACGGCGUCUACCAGGUACGUUCCUUUGAUAUCGCAAAUAUGACCCUGAUCAGAGGCGAAAAAGGCUGGGUCAUCAUCGAUCCACUGACUUCUUCCGAGUCUUCUGCUGCCGCGCUGGCACUGGCGAAUCAGCAUCUUGGCGAGCGCCCGGUAAGUGCGGUGUUAAUCACUCACAGCCACGCUGAUCACUUUGCCGGCAUUCUUGGUGUUGUCAGCGCCGAAGAUGUCGCUUCCGGCAAGGUGCCGCUGGUCGCACCGCAACACUUUGUGCAGGAAGCGUUAAGUGAAAACGUGCUGGCGGGUAACGUAAUGGGACGUCGUGCGACGUACAUGUACGGUAACCUGCUGAAACCAGGACCCCAGGCAUUUGUAUCAACGGGACUGGGGGCCGCACUGUCAAUGGGAUCAACCGGUUUCAUAGUGCCUUCAGACUACGUCUGCCAGACAGGAGAAACACGAACUCUGGAUGGCAUCGAAUUUGAGUUCCAGAUGACGCCAGGCACAGAAGCACCGGCAGAGUUUGUUUUCUAUCUGCCACAAUUCAAAGCGCUGUGUAUGGCCGAGAUCACCUCACACCACCUGCACAAUGUAUAUACCCUGCGUGGCGCACAGGUGCGCGACGCUCUGGCCUGGUCGGCCCAGAUCCGCGAAAGCAUUGCCUUAUUUGGUGAUCGACUCGAGAUUCAGUUUGCCUGCCAUCACUGGCCCAUCUGGGGACGGGAUGAGGCCGUUGAAUACCUGCAGAAACAAAGUGACCUGUAUAAAUACAUCCACGAUCAGACGUUGCGACUGGCCAAUCAGGGUUAUACCAAAGAAGAAAUAGCGGAACGCAUCAGCCUGCCGGAUGUGCUUGGCCAUGAGUUCUACAACCGUGGCUACUACGGCAGCCUGCACCACAACGUGCGCGCGGUGUAUGUUAAAUACCUUGGCUUUUUCAAUGGCAACCCGGCAACCCUGCAUACCCUGCCCCCGAGCGAAGCAGCAACUCGAUAUGUAGAUGCCAUGGGUGGCGCCAAUCGUGUGGUCGUGCUGGCACAGGCUGCGUUCGACGAAGGUGACUAUCGGUGGGUCGGCGAGCUUCUUAAUCAUGUGAUGAUGACCGACCCCGGACAUACUGAUGCACGCGCCUUACUGGCAGACGCGCUGGAACAAAUGGGCUAUCAGGCAGAAUCUGCAGUCUGGCGUAACUUCUAUUUAUGUGGCGCUCUGGAACUGCGUGAAGGCCUGCCCAAAGGCUCCAACUUCAACGCCAGUGAAGGCAUGGCCCGCGGCAUGCCGUUAGCAAACCUGUUUCAGGUGAUGGCAGUCAGGUUAUUGCCCGAUGCAGCCGAAGGUCUCGACCUGGCUUUGAAUCUGCACAUGACAGAUAUUGAUGAGCACUGGCUGAUGACCAUCAGGCACAGCGUCUUAAACGCCUACCCCGACAAAACAUCAGACCAACCCACCGCCACGGUGACAACGUCGUCCAUGGGGUUCAAGCGAUUGAUGAUGGGGCUGACCGACGCAGCGUCGCUCAUGCAGGAUAAUGACCUUCAGAUCACCGGCGAUGUAGAAGCGCUGGCACGCCUGGGUACCCUGUUUGACAGUUUCCCUCGACGCUUUCCGAUUAUGACGCCGCGGCCUGCUUGA